GGCAACCAUCUCACCCAACAUCCGAACCGCCAAAAUCCCUAAAUUCACUCCGGAAUCGCCGAAUUUUUCUUCACCGAGUAAAAGUUCUCAUCGUUAUCGUACAAAAUUUCGUAGAUUUGUAAAGGAUUUGCAGCAGCAUGUCUAAACGGGUUCUCUGCAAAUUCUUUGCUAAUGGUGCAUGUCUAAAAGGGGAACACUGUGAGUAUUCACAUGAUUGGAAGGCCCCACCUAAUAAUAUAUGUACGUUCUACCAGAAAGGAGUUUGUGCUUAUGGCACUCGAUGUAGAUAUGAUCACAUCAAAGUUUCUCGGUUACAGUCGCCGGCUUUAUCCUCAUCAGUUGAGCUUUCUUCAGCCAAGGAGGUUUCUACUAGAGCUGUGACAUUAGGUUCCACUGCUUUUACUGGUGUUAGUGUUGAACAGUCAUCUUAUAACUUUCCACUUCAUCCUCCUAGUAUACCAGCAUGGGGAGAGAAUUCUGGGAAUUGUGAUAAUCUAGUAACUCUACAAGGCGAUGAUGAUUUGGCAGACUUUAGGGAUGUAGAUCCUGCUGACCAACCAAUAUGCUCUUUUGCUGCUGCCGGGGAUUGUCCACAUGGUGUGAGUUGCCCUAGAGUUCAUGGGGAUCUUUGUCCUACCUGUGGGAAGCAUUGCUUGCAUCCUUUUAGGCCUCAAGAAAGAGAAGAACACUUGAACACAUGUGAAAAAAGGCAAAAACAUUUAGAAGCAUUAACACAUAGUCAAGAAAUAGAAUGCAGUGUUUGUCUUGAGAAGAUCCUCUCAAAACCUUCGGUAGCUGAACGUAAAUUUGGAAUAUUGUCAGAGUGUGAUCAUCCAUUUUGUAUAGCAUGCAUUAGGAAUUGGCGUAGUACUUCACGAUCAUCUGGCAUGGAUGCUAAUUCUGCAUUAAGAUCCUGCCCUAUAUGUCGGAAGCUUUCAUACUUUGUGAUUCCUAGUGUCAUUUGGUAUUCCUCAAAAGAUGAUAAGCAAGAAAUUGUUGACAGUUACAAGUCCAAGCUGAGAUCUAUUGAUUGCAAGCACUUUGACUUUGGGAACGGGACCUGCCCAUUUGGCACCAGUUGUUUUUAUAAGCAUGCAUAUCGUGAUGGUCGUCUUGAGGAAGUUUCCCUUCGCCAUCUUGGAGCGGAAGAUGGAAAUAUAGUUAUUGCCAAAAAUGUUAGGCUCUCCGAUUUUCUUAGUAAUAUGCGGCUAAGAUGACCAAUGCUUUGAGAGAUCUAGAGUGCCCGGGUUGGUUUUUUGUAUCAUUCUCUCAUGCAUCCAGCUUAAAACUACUAAGUUGAUGGAGUAAGAGUGCUUUUAUUAAGAUAUAAUAGUUUUCCCCUCAAAUGCAGCAUCCAGUUCCAGGUUCAGAGAUUCGUUGGCAUAUACCGAAUUUUGAAUGUGUAUCGAAGACUGAAAUAAUCUAUGAAAUUUACAUCGAUGUGUGGGGUAGUAGUAAUUGUGUGGUUUAGAGGUGAUUUUCCCAUAACAUGUCACCAAGAUGACGAAUGCCAUGCAAUAUCGGCACUCUAUAGACCUGGACACCUGGUUGAAAAUAAACAUUCAUUGUUGUCGAUGACAUUGAGAUUGCGCCGAAGUUGCAAUCUUUUAUAGCACAUGACUGGGGGUGUUGUUACAGGUGGUAAAAAUGCAGUACCAUGUUAAUUGUAAGACAUUUUUUGAUGGGGCUGUGAGGUUUUUAAAUAACUUAUGUCCCCCAGAUUUAUCUAUAGACUUUGUAAAUUAAGUGUGUUUGGCAUUUUAAAGAAGCUAAUUGUUUA